AUGGCGAUGUGUCACGAAAAUAAUGUUUUCAAUGGUCGUCCGUCUUCGGCGUCGUACAACUUUCCGUUCAGCUACCAGAACCAGAACAACCAGUACCCGAACCAGGAAUAUUCCCAAUUCCAGGUGGCGGACCAGACCGUUCAACAGAACUCGUGGGCCUCUCUGUACGGGCCGGGGCCGCGCCCGACCCACGGGACGAUAGAGGACUGGAAUUAUGCCAUUCCCACGUGCACGACGUCGGGGAUGCAGCAGGGACAGUACAACUACGGUUAUCGUCAUGGGACGGGCAUGGAAUACAUACAGAAUGGCGCCCCCGUUUCACAGUCCGUGUCACCCCACCUGACCGCCCUGGACACCUCAUCGGCUGUAAACACUUGCUCCCCCAACAGCACCUCCAGCCUGAGCCCCGGGGCCAACAACAAGAACUUACGAGCGCCCUUCGAAUGGAUGAAACCGACGUCUUCUAUGCCAGUGCCUGGUAAGACUCGAACCAAGGACAAGUACCGCGUCGUGUACUCGGACCACCAGCGGCUGGAGCUGGAGAAGGAAUUCCACUUCAGUCGAUACAUCACCAUCAGGCGUAAAGCGGAACUCGCCAACCUGCUGCAGCUCUCAGAGAGACAGGUGAAAAUUUGGUUUCAAAAUCGCCGAGCCAAGGAGCGAAAGGUGAAGAAGAAGGAAGAAGGUUUCCAGACCACGGGCAAAAUGGAACCCGAGUCUCCUCCAGCUGUUCCACACCAGAUGGCGCUUCAGCCGCCCAUGUUGUCAAUGGCGACACAUCACCAGUCGAUGCAGCAAACACAAAAUCACUACGACAUUAAACCAUCACAGUCUCCACCAACCCACUCAGGGCCCCCGGGCCAUCCUCAUCACCAAGUUUUAAUUCCAGUCACAUCUGCGCAUGCUCAUUCGAACUCACCGCUGCACAUCACAAAGUGUGAAAAAGACUUCUGA